AUGGCUGAUCCCGAGGUUCUCUAUGUUGAUGCUCACGAAGGGGAGCCAAUGCAGUUCGAGAGCCUCUGUAUGGAAUGUAUGGAGAACGGUACAACGACCAUGGUGCUUACAAAGAUCCCGCACUUUCGAGAAGUCGUGGUCUGCUCCUUCGAGUGCGAACACUGUGGAAACAGGAACAAUGAGCUCCAGUUUGCUGGCACUUAUGGGGAGACUGGGGUGCGAUACUCCCUGUCGCUCCCUGCAGGCGACAUGGAAGCUCGCAGCAGACAGGUGGUGAAGUCGGACGCUGCAACUGCGAGCGUGCGGGAGUUGGAGUUUGAGAUCCCGCCAGCGACGCAGAAAGGGACGAUAACGACGGUGGAGGGGUUGCUGCGCGAAGCAGGGGACGCGCUGCGAGCGCUGCAGCCGCAGCGCAUCCUGCAGUCCCCUGAAACCGGGGCAGCCGUUGCAGCUUUCCUCGACAAGCUGGACGCUUGCUUGGACGGCAGCACGGCCUUCACGCUCGUCCUGGACGACCCGGCGGGCAACAGCUACAUCGAGAGCACCGCCGGCGCUGAUGCAGCGGCCGGCCGCGACCCCCUGCUGAAGCUGGAACGCUACGAGCGCACGCCAGCACAGACGGAGGCGAUUGGGCUGCUGCCGAGCCCGGCGACGGGCCCAUCGGGCAGGGGGAUUGGCGCGAAUGGGCUGCCCGAGAUCGCGGAGGACGACGUGCACCACGGAGCCGCGCCCGUCGGCGCAGCAGCCGCGCGCCGCGGUCUCGCCAAGAUGGAGGGCGCAGCAGAGAGCUCGCUGAUUCAUCGCUAUGCGGCGCCUGAGGAAGUGGUGGAGCUGCCCAGCCACUGCAGCGCCUGCGGCAGCCCCUCGACUGCGCGCAUGUACCAGACCCACAUCCCCUUCUUCAAGGAAGUGAUUCUGAUGUCGGACUCGUGCGACAUGUGCGGCUACAAGAGCUCGGAGGUAAAGGGCGGGGGGGCGAUAAGCGAGCGCGGCCGAUCAGUCACCCUCCACGUCAGCGAGCAGGAUGACCUGCGCCGCGAUGUCAUCAAGGCUGACACCGCUACGGUGGAGAUUCCUGAGCUGGAUCUGGAGGUCAGUACUGGUACAAUGGGCGGCCUCAUCAGCACAGUGGAAGGACUGCUUGACACCAUGUCACAAACCUUGAAGGGCACACAGGGGUUCCAUUUGGGGGACAGUGCAGUGGAGGAGCAGAAGAAAACAUGGAAGACUUUCUUUGCCGAGCUGGAUGCAUGCAAGGCCCUGGAGCGCCCCUGGACGCUUGUCAUUCGCGACCCCCUGGCGAACUCCUUCAUCUCUUCCGUCACAGAAGACCCCAUGAAGGACCCGCGAAUGGAGAUUGAGGACUAUGAGCGCUCGGCAGAGGACGACGAACACUUUGGCAUUGAUCACCUGAAGGCCAUGGACGCAGCGGAAGCUUCCAGGGCAAGAACGCAGCUGGAGACCGUGGAAGAGGAAUCCAAAGAGCAUGGGCAUUAG